AUGGACUUCUGGUCGCGCCUCAUAGCACACACGCUCCCCUCGACGGGCAACUCGCGGAACUGGAAGGACUUCGCCAAGGACCCUGUCCGUCGACUCCAACGCUUCGAAAGGGAAUACGCCCAGCUCCUCCAGGCAUGGCGCAACUCCCCCAACAUUUCCCACGAUGACGAGGCUGCCGAGCGCAUAGAGAUCUGUCUCCAGGAGCUCACCAACAUCCUCACUGACGAGAACCGACGCCCGCUCCCCCAUCCAUGCAUCACCUUCUGCGCCACCAAGCAGAUAUACAUCCCCAUAGCCAAGAUCUCCACCAGCUCCUUCAACGAGUGGGUUAUCAAGGAGGCCGUCCUCUUCUUUGCUACCCUGAUCGAGAGCGAGGAGGAGGCCUUUGUCGAAAAUGACCACUUCUCCGCCAGCCUUACCCACCUCAUGGUGCGCAUAACCGGCGCCAAUGCCAUCCGUCUGAGCGCCGAUACCGAAGCCCGCGUUGUCGAGUUGGCCUUCAACAUUACCACCAAGAUCCGUCUCGACCCCGAGAUCCUACCCGCCUGGUUCAAGUCCCAGUCGCAGAAUGGAGAGGAGAGACAGCCCCUGGGCGAACAUGAGCGGUUCACGGGGAGGACACAGAAGCAGGACUUCCCUCUCUUCUACCUGCUCAUGGACUACAUCCACCAUGAAGGCAAAGUGGGCGACUUUGCCAGGACCGGUCUGUUGUACAUCAUCGAGGCCGCAUCUAGCUCGGUCGAGCUGGAGCAAUGGAUUGUCGAAAGUGAUCUUUCGACCUUGAUGGCUACCGGUUUGGGUGCUCUGUAUAGUCAACUGAGCCGCAAGCUCGUCAUCGACCAUCCGUCCAAUGCGCUCCCCGCCAUUCUCGCCCUCUCCGACUACGAACAUCCCAAACCCAGUUAUGAAGUAAUCAGCUCUUGUACCUUCGAGUUCCAAUCGCAUCUAGACACCUUUCUUUCCCAUCUCUUGUUCUGGCAAGACGUCUUGAACCACUGUCGGUCGGUAGAGGUCAAGUCUUCCUUGUUGGAGCAUUUCCAGGUCAUCUUUUUGCAGCAACUAUUAUACCCAUCACUUCUCGAAUCGUCAGAUAUUGACGGCGGUUCCUCGGUGGCUGUCUUGACUUAUCUCCGCCAUAUCCUUCAAUCCGUUGAACACCCCGACAUGAUCAACCUGAUCCUGCACUAUCUCCUAGGUCUGCCCGACAUUGUAGGAUCCGUCUCGUCCAACUCUAAGGACGGCAUAAGUGCCGCUCGAAAGCGCAAGUCUUUGGAUCUUGCUACCAUGAUGGCAUCCAAGUCCGAAGCCGCAGCAGACCCCUUGCUCUUCAACCUGGUCGACUUGAUCCUCGCCUGUCUCAGAUCGCAAAGCCACCAAACCAUAUACGUCACACUACAGCUGGUGUCGGUGAUUCUUAAGAGACAUCACCGCUACGCAGUCAUCACCCUACUCUACACCGAGGGCGUACUGGGCAACUCGUCUUUUAGGACCACGGGUGCUCAUGAGCAGGAAGUCGAGUACCUCAUGGGUCUAGCCCAGACCAUCGGUGGCGAGGACAACUUCAACGAGAUCUACGACAGCGUCAUCAAAGACACCAUGAUCCGCGUAGAGAACCACCCUUGUUCUAUGAAGUUGAUCACGCCCAAAGCUUUGGCUAGCAACCACAAGCAACCCGCCAUCCCCGACAGCUUGCCCGGUGCGCCCAGAGACGUCCGCUCGCACACGUUGCACCCCGACGACCCCCUGCUCACCAUUGUCUUGGACCGGCUCGAGACAUUCUUCAUCAACCCCGUCGAAACCAACCUGUCGCUAACCGAAGUGAUCUUUGACCUGGCCAUCUGCGGCUACAUGCAUCUAGAAGGCUGGUUCCUGAGGCAUCCGACCAAUUACACCUACGACGAGCAGGAGGACCACGACGCACCUGCGGCCGAACCACCAGCAGACAUUGACCCCGAGUCCCCCGAAUAUGCCGAAUACCAACAACUCCUCUCCAUGCACCACUGCCGACGCCGGCCGCAAUGGUCUCGCGACUCCCUGCCUCGUCUGCUCCGCAUCUUGCAAACCCUCUGUGACGAAGUCGCCGCCUACCGUGACACAAUCCCCCGCUUCAACGACCUCCUCCAACAACGUCGCGAAGCCUUCCAAACAGCUGACGGAGCCUCAAUGCCGCCCUCCGUCGCUCCGUCCGUCGUCCCCAGCGCAGCCCCUUCGCGCUCACGCACGCCUUCAACACUGCAACCACCCGCCCAACUCACACCCGGUCUAUCCGCCCCAGGCGGUAAUGCCGCGCCGGCCGAACGCCCAACCUCCGGCCUCGGUCUCGAGUCCUUCGCCCAGCGUAUCUUCUCCGACCUCUCAUCCACCGUCUCCGUCUCGCCCAAUCGCACAGCAAACAACUCGCCACGCCCACGGAGUAACACAACUCGCACCGUCUCCGAGCGGACGUCGUACUUCACCAGCAACGAGGCCCCUCCUCCCUUGCCAUCAAGAAACAGAACACCAAGCAUGCUCGUCACCUCCCCAGGAAUGGGCGGCUUCGGACUAGGUGCAAGCGGCAGUGGUCUCGGAGGCGCUUCUGUGCCGGGAGCAGUAGCCAGUGACAUCAGCGGCACCGGAAAGAUGGAGCUAGUCAUGUCGCAGGCACGAGCUUUUCAGGCAGUUGAUCAAAGUAUUUUGGCGAGAAGGGUGGGUAUUCCGGAUGUUUCUGCCACGAAGCACGUUAGAGUUGGAGGACUUGAUGGGCAGAUUGAUAGCAAGAUUGGAGAUGACGAGGUUGAGCUUGCCGAGAGGCAGGCUGGGGAAGGAGAGGGGGUAGGACUGCCAAGAAUGACUGUCCAUUUACCUCCUCCUAAAGGGGAAGAUGGAGGAUUGGAUGCGCUGGAAGGUGAUGAAGAUGAUGAGGAGGCUAAGCCGGCUGUUCCGCCCAAGGAUUCUUCUAAGGAUUCUUCUAGGGAUGAUUUACCUUCUCCUUCUUCCGUCGUCACUUCUAGUGCCACUCUCGCUGCUACCAUCACGGCCAGUGAUGUAAGCGAGGCUCCCACCGGUGAGGCUUCAGCGACCACCGAAGCUGCUCAAAAUGAUGGAUCAGCAGAGCAAGCAAACCCCGACCAGCCCGACCAACAAAUCGCUACCGACGAGCAAGCCCAAACCCAAGCCCAAACCGGAUCCCAAACCCAAGCCCAAGAGCAACAAGCCGCAGAAGCCGCCGAAGAAGAGGCCAGAAAGGCAGAAGAAGCCCGAAAAGCAGCGGAAGAAGAAGAAGAAGAAGCCCGCAAAGCCUCAGUCUCGCACGUCCUCACAAACGUCAUCAUCCUGCAAUCCUUCCUCUUUGAGCUGGCGAGCUUGGUGCAAGUUCGCGCGGGCGUGUUUGAGGAGGUUAGGUUCGUGUAG